UGUGUGCUAUCAAAAUGUGACAGUAUAGCCACACGCAGUCCUUGGAUAAUCUCCGCUCUCGCUAAUAAAUGUAGAACCAGUUAAGAAUAGACGGUGGCGUCUGGCACAUCACUCCUCAGGGAGAUCAGAGCGGCUGUAGUCAGCGGCUGCUCACACCAAGUCCUGGGAUGGCGAGCUCUGGUCACUUGGAGACAGUCGUAUCCUGUCCCAGACAGACGGCAAGGAAUGGAACCUCCGCCACUACCUGCAAUGGAGCUACCCCAAAGGCAUUGGCCUUUUCCAUCGAGAGAAUCAUGGCCAAGAACUCCGAACCGAGGAGCCCUACUGAACAAAGGCAAACCUUGGAGAAAGCAGAAGGCAAAAAGGUUGGGAAACUGUGCUCCCCUGUCCCCUGUAUGUUUCCUAUCCAACCACUUCCUUAUGAUUUGCAAGCUAAAGCUCUGCUGAAUUACUCGGAGGUAUGGAAGUCUAACCUGAGAGGCUCACUCUGUACUUCUGCGGCAAUGUGUAAAUCUAACUGUGGGAUGUGCUACAAAACUGACUUAAAUUUAGGUCCUUCAAUGAUGACUACUAACAGAUUGAUCAAACCUCAAGUCAUUAAUCAAACAGUCGCAAUGCCUGCCAACGGCUCCCUUUAUUAUUUCAACUAUCUGGACACGACGUACCACCCUUCGGAGUUGCUUCAUAACCACCACCUUUUCCCGUCUCAUAUCCUCGGCUCUCAGCCUCCGGCCUCACUUUCUGCUCACCAGAAACUACUUUUGUUGGAAAAUGCUAAAUUUGCCAGCCUGGCUGCGGAGAAAUAUCCAAGCCCACAAUUUCCUCACAAAGAACGCAUCCCGGGACAGUUGGACCAAGUGAUAAAAGAAAACAGCAGCUUUCCAGUCGAAAAGAACGUCAUUAAAAACCACCAGAAGCUGAACAACACCUCGAGCGACGGAAAACCCAAAAACUUUACCUGUGAAGUUUGUGGAAAGGUUUUUAAUGCACAUUAUAAUCUAACACGUCAUAUGCCCGUUCACACCGGAGCCAGACCGUUUGUCUGCAAAGUCUGUGGGAAAGGAUUUCGACAGGCUAGUACACUGUGCAGACACAAAAUAAUCCACACACAGGAGAAACCCCAUAAAUGUAAUCAAUGCGGAAAAGCUUUUAACCGAAGCUCCACUCUAAACACUCACAUUCGGAUCCAUGCUGGCUACAAACCUUUUGUUUGCGAAUUCUGUGGGAAAGGAUUUCACCAAAAAGGAAACUACAAGAACCACAAAUUGACGCAUAGUGGAGAAAAACAGUUUAAAUGUAAUAUCUGCAACAAAGCAUUCCAUCAAGUCUAUAAUUUGACAUUUCACAUGCAUACUCACAAUGAUAAAAAGCCUUUCACUUGCGGCACUUGUGGGAAAGGGUUUUGUAGGAACUUUGACUUGAAGAAGCAUAUAAGAAAAUUACACGAUGGUAACUCAGUCGCACCUCCUGUGAACGAACGCUCAAGAGUGGGGAUAAGUUAGUCGAACAGACUUUGCUUCAGUUUUAUUUUUGCGGACAAUCACUUAUGUACAUUGCGUUUUGAAAUACCGUCUAUUUGAGAUUUACGAUGCACUGCAAUGCUCUUUACUUCCUUCAGCGGUUACGCAACAGUGGAUAAUUCAUAAGAUACAUUUCACCCUUGAAUUUUCAGGUAUAAGCGGCCUGAAUUUUUAAAUUAAACGUCGCCACCAUGUCCAGGCGCGACAAUUUUCCAGGACUGUUCCGAAUGAAUAGCUAUGUAAAUAUUCAUGUUAAUUAAAUGUCUUAUAUCACAUUAUUUUUUUCUGUAUUGUAGCAUUUUAUAUCUGAAACAUACCGUGGAUUGGUAAAUAUGAAAUUUCGAAGUAUUUGUUAGGAUGUUGCUUCGUUUGCAUAACUGUAAAUUUAAAUUAUGUUGUAAAAAAUGAAGGUGUCUACUUGCAAAAUAAAAGUAAAG